CAGAGCCAAAUAGAAAAAUGCAAAAGCGAAUUCUAGACUCUUCUGUAACCUUCUUCAAUCUCAACCGUCUAUAUCACUGCAGCGCUUUUAAACAGCCCUCGUAUAACGCCCUCUCUGCCUUGAUCUUUCUUGGCGAGUCAUUGCUCUCAAAUAUUCCUUGCGUGUCCAGAGGCUUCUCAAGAAGAAGAAUAGAUCCAAAGACUGUUUUUGGAGAUUUGGUUUGCGGGUUUUUCUGUGUUUGAUUUGAUAUAGAGCGAAAGAAAGAAUAUGUUUGGCAGAGCACCUAAGAAGAGUGAUAACACCAGGUACUAUGAAAUUUUAGGAGUGUCGAAGAACGCUUCCCAAGAUGAUUUGAAGAAGGCUUACAAGAAAGCCGCUAUCAAGAAUCAUCCUGAUAAGGGUGGCGAUCCUGAAAAGUUCAAAGAGUUGGCCCAGGCUUACGAAGUUUUGAGCGAUCCAGAGAAACGUGAGAUCUACGAUAAUUAUGGUGAGGAUGCACUUAAGGAAGGAAUGGGUGGUGGCGGUGGUGGCCAUAACCCUUUUGACAUAUUUGAAUCCUUCUUUGGUGGGAACCCAUUUGGCGGUGGCAGUAGUCGAGGAAGGAGGCAGAGACGGGGAGACGAUGUGGUUCAUCCCUUGAAGGUCUCUUUGGAAGAUCUAUAUCUCGGUACAACUAAAAAGCUUUCUCUAUCCCGCAAUGUUAUAUGCUCGAAGUGCAAUGGUAAAGGUUCGAAAUCUGGAGCUUCAAUGAAGUGCCCUGGUUGUCGGGGAACUGGUAUGAAGGUCUCAAUAAGGCAGCUGGGCCCUUCAAUGAUCCAGCAGAUGCAGCAUCCUUGCAAUGAAUGUAAGGGUACUGGUGAAUCAAUUAGUGAGAAGGACAAAUGCACGCAAUGCAAGGGGGAGAAGGUUGUUCCAGGGAAGAAAGUGUUGGAAGUCAUAGUAGAGAAGGGCAUGCAACAUGGGCAGAAAAUUACAUUCCCCGGCGAAGCUGAUGAAGCGCCUGAUACCAUCACGGGAGAUAUAGUUUUUGUCCUUCAGCAAAAGGAACAUCCAAAAUUCAAGAGAAAGGGGGAUGACCUUAUUGUGGAGCAGAGUCUAUCCCUCACUGAAGCUCUUUGUGGCUUUCAGUUUGUAUUGACACACUUGGAUGGGAGGCAUCUUCUUAUAAAAUCAAACACUGGGGAAGUUGUCAAGCCAGACUCAUUCAAGGCAAUUAAUGAUGAGGGUAUGCCCAUGUACCAAAGGCCAUUCAUGAAGGGGAAGCUGUACAUCCAUUUUAUUGUGGAAUUCCCUGAUUCUUUGACCCCAGAUCAGGUUAAGGCACUUGAGGCAAUUUUGCCUCCAAGGCCCUUCAGUCAGCUGAUGGAUAUAGACCUGGAUGAGUGCGAGGAGACUACCCUGCACGAUGUUAAUAUGGAGGAGGAAAUGAGAAGGAAGCAACAGGGGCAGGCUCAACGGGAGGCAUAUGACGAGGAUGAGGAGAUGCAUGGUGGCGCACAAAGGGUUCAAUGUGCCCAGCAGUGAUUGAACUAACUUCUUCUGAUCUAGAAAUUACAAAUAUACUUGUAAUGGAAUCGGGAAACAUGUGAUCAUGUGGAAAAUUUUCAGGGAUGAUGCUUAUGGGUAAAUUGCAUGGUUCUCUGUAUGUUUUCUUUUUGUUUUGUUGUUCUAAUUGGAUUAUGUUUUUCAUUCUUGUUCAAGAAGAAAAUCAUGUCACUGCCGCACGGCAUACGACGCUCAA